UUUCGUCUUACCCACUCUGGAGUUGGGUGUCAGGUUUGUUUCGACGCCGGACCGCGUAAGAGACAAUGAUGUUGGGCACCGAAGGUGGAGAGGGAUUCGUGGUGAAGGUCCGGGUGUUGCCCUGGUCUUGCUCGGCUGAUGAAGUGCAGAGGUUUUUUUCUGACUGCAAAAUUCAAAAUGGGGCUCAAGGUAUUCAUUUCAUCUACACCAGAGAAGGCAGACCGAGUGGCAAGGCUUUUGUUGAACUUGAAUCAGAAGAUGAAGUCAAAUUGGCCCUGAAAAAAGACAGAGAAACUAUGGGACACAGAUAUGAUGAAGUAUUCAAGUCAAACAACGUUGAAAUGGAUUGGGUGUUGAAGCAUACUGGUCCAAAUAGUACUGACACGGCCAAUGAUGGCUUUGUACGUCUUAGAGGACUUCCCUUUGAAUGUAGCAAGGAAAAAAUUUUUCAGUUCUUCUCAGGGUUGGAAAUCGUGCCAAAUGGGAUAACAUUGCCGGUGGACUUCCAGGGGAGGAGUACGGUGGAGGCCUUCGUGCAGUUUGCUUCACAGGAAAUAGCUGAAAAGGCUCUAAAGAAACACAAGGAAAGAAUAGGGCACAGGUAUAUUGAAAUCUUUAAGAGCAGUAGAGCUGAAGUUAGAACUCACUAUGACCCACCACGAAAGUUUAUGGCCAUGCAGCGGCCAGGUCCCUAUGACAGACCUGGGGCUGGCAGAGGAUAUAACAGCAUUGGCAGAGCAGCAGGCUUUGAAAGGAUGAGGUGUGGUGCUUAUAGUGGAGGCUAUGGAGGCUAUGACGAUUACAAUGGCUAUAAUGAUGGCUAUGGGUUUGGGCCAGAUAGAUUUGGAAGAGACCUCAAUUACUGUUUUUCAGGAAUGUCUGAUCACAGAUACGGGGAUGGUGGCUCUACUUUCCAGAGCACAACAGGACACUGUGUACACAUGCGUGGAUUACCUUACAGAGCUACUGAGAAUGACAUUUAUAAUUUUUUUUCACCACUCAAUCCUGUGAGAGUACACAUUGAAAUUGGUCCUGAUGGCAGAGUAACUGGUGAAGCAGAUGUCGAGUUUGCAACUCAUGAAGAUGCUGUGGCAGCUAUGUCAAAAGACAAAGCAAAUAUGCAACACAGAUAUGUAGAACUCUUCUUGAAUUCUACAGCAGGAGCAAGCAGUGGUGCUUACGAACACAGAUAUGUAGAACUCUUCUUGAAUUCUACAGCAGGAGCAAGCGGUGAUGCUUAUGGUAGCCAAAUGAUGGGAGGCAUGGGCUUGUCAAACCAGUCCAGUUAUGGUGGCCCAGCCAGCCAGCAGCUGAGUGGUGGUUAUGGAGGCGGCUAUGGUGGCCAGAGCAGCAUGAGUGGAUACGGUAGCCAAGGAGCAAUGAACAGCAGCUACUACAGUAGUGGAAGCCAUGCAUCUUUGGGCGUUAACGGAAUGGGAGGGAUGUCUAGCAUGUCCAGUAUGAGUGGUGGAUGGGGAAUGUAAUUGAUUGAUCCUGAUCACUGACUCUUGGUCAACUUUUUUUUAAAGAAAAAACAAAACUUCAGUUUAACAGUUUCUGUAAUACAAGCUUGUGAUUUAUGCUUUCUCUUUAAGUGGAAAUCAGGAUUCUUAUGAAGACUUGAGGCUCAGUAUUUUUUAAUACAAUACUUAUCUAGGAUAUAACAGUGAAGCUGAGUAAACUAUAACUGUUAAACAAGUUCCAACUUUUCUCAAGUUAGUUAUAUUGUAGGAUAUACUUAAGCAGUAAGCGUAUUUAGUUAAAAGCAGUUGAAUUAUAUUAAGUGUUCCCCUUUGCAUUGAACACUGUUCAGAUGCAUGUUGAAAGACAUGCUUUUUUUUUAAACUCAAUAUAGGAGCUGUGUCUACAAUUAAAAGUGAAACAUUUUGGCAUGUUUGUUAAUUCUAGUUUCAUUUAAUAACCUGUAAGGCAUGUAAGUUUAAGCUUUUUUUAAGUUAAUGGGAAAAAUUUGAGAUGCAGUACCAGU